AUGGAAAAUAGCAGCAGACUGAUGUUCGCUGUCGUCAUGGUUAUAGCCUACAUGGGGAUGAGAGCCCAGACCCAGAACACCACACCGGCCCAGAAUGUCACUAAUACUACUACUACGGGACCCAACACAACAAUGGCCCUGAACAUCACAGAUACAGAUUAUGUUACAGCUACGGGACCCAACAUAACAAUGGCCCUGAACAUCACAGAUCCAGAUAAUGUUACAGCUACGGGACCCAACAUAACAACGGCCCUGAACAUCACAGAUACAGAUAAUGUUACAGCUACGGGACCCAACAUAACAAUGGCCCUGAACAUCACAGAUACAGAUAAUGUUACAGCUACGGGACCCAACAUAACAAUGGCCCUGAACAUCACAGAUACAGAUAAUGUUACAGCUACGGGACCCAACAUAACAACGGCCCUGAACUUCACAAAUACAGAUAAUGUUACAGCUACGGGACCCAACAUAACAACGGUCCUGAACAUCACAGAUACAGAUAAUGUUACAGCUACGGGACCCAACAUAACAACGGCCCUGAACUUCACAAAUACAGAUAAUGUUACAGCUACGGGACCCAACAUAACAACGGCCCUGAACUUCACAAAUACAGAUAAUGUUACAGCUACGGGACCCAACAUAACAACGGCCCUGAACUUCACAAAUACAGAUAAUGUUACAGCUACGGGACCCAACAUAACAACGGCCCUGAACUUCACAAAUACAGCUAAUGCUACAGCUACGGGACCCAACAUAACAACAGCCCUGAACUUCACAAAUACAGAUAAUGUUACAGCUACGGGACCCAACAUAACAACGGCCCUGAACUUCACAAAUACAGCUAAUGUUACUACUACGGGACCCAACAUAACAAUGGCCCUGAACUUCACAAAUACAGCUAAUGUUACAGCUACGGGACCCAACAUAACAACGGCCCUGAACUUCACAAAUACAGAUAAUGUUACAGCUACGGGACCCAACAUAACAACGGCCCUGAACUUCACAAUUACAGCUAAUGUUACUACUACGGGACCCAACAUAACAACGGCCCUGAACUUCACAAAUACAGCUAAUGCUACAGCUACGGGACCCAACAUAACAAUGGCCUUGAACUUCACAAAUACAGCUAAUGUUACAGCUACGGGACCCAACAUAACAACGGCCCUGAACUUCACAAAUACAGCUAAUGCUACAGCUAUGGGACCCAACAUAACAACGGCCCUGAACGUCACAAAUACAGCUAAUGUUACAGCUACGGGACCCAACAUAACGGCCCUGAACUUCACAAAUACAGCUAAUGUUACAGCUACGGGACCCAACAUAACAACGGCCCUGAACUUCACAAAUACAGAUAAUGUUACAGCUACGGGACCCAACAUAACGGCCCUGAACGUCACAAAUACAGCUCAUGUUACAGCAACGGGACCCAACAUAACAACGGCCCUGAAUUUCACAAAUACAGCUAAUGUUACAGCUACGGGACCCAACAUAACAACGGCCCUGAACAUCACAAAUACAGCUAAUGCUACAGCUACGGGACCCAACAUAACUGCCCUGAACUUCACAAAUACAGCUAAUGUUACAGCUACGGGACCCAACAUAACAACCGUCCUGAACGUCACAAAUACAGCUAUUGCUACAGCUACGGGACCCAACAUAACAACGGUCCUGAACGUCACAAAUACAGCUAAUGCUACAGCUACGGGACCCAACAUAACAACGGCCCUGAACUUCACAAAUACAGCUAAUGUUACAGCUAUGGGACCCAACAUAACAACGGCCCUGAACUUCACAAAUACAGCUAAUGCUACAGCUACGGGACCCAACAUAACAACGACCCUGAACUUCACAAGUACAGCCAAUGCUACAGCUACGGGACCCAACAUAACAAUGAUUCAGACGACCAUGGCACCUAUUGUCAACACUACCGUCGCAACUCUCAGUGUGAGUUUCCUAGGCUGUCUCACUAGGUCGCACAGAGUCUCUGACUAGAAAAAGGAACCACAUAUCUCUCUCUCUCUCUCUCUCUCUCUCUCUCUCUCUCUCUCUCUCUCUCUCUCUCUCUCUCUCUCUCUCUCUCUCUCUCUCUCUCUCUCUCUCUCUCUCUCUCUCUCUCUCUCUCUCUCUGAUAUCAAACUGUAUUUAAAGUAAAUUUGAAGGAUUUCAACAAUAAACCUCACCCGCUGCCAUGGAAACAGAAAGCAGAUUUAGCAAAGUACCUGUUUGGGAGUUUCAUUUGCACUCAUAUACUACACUAUUUCAAAAGGAAUGACAAACAUGACAGCAACUAAUGAUGAACUCUUCAUACACAGGGAAACAUCUCAAGGGCGGAAUGUGGAAUGUCUCAGUUCUGUGCUGCUGUGCCAGACAACUGUGAUCCGUCCGUGGCUGGUUCCUGUUUCUUCGUCUCCACCCAGCAGUCCUCGGGACAGACCUUCUCCUUCCAGCUACGAGGAGUGUCCAGCGGCUACAUCGCUGUAAGCUUGUCCACAGACUCCACACAGGUAUGGAAAACUGCCUUUAGAAUUUACUGUACAUUUUACAAUACAAAGGACAAGGGAGUUGGGGUUGGGGGGAGAAGUCAUUUUAACUUUAGGAAAUUCAGGAUUUUGUGAAUUUGGGGUAUUGACAUUAAUAUUUUAUUAAUGGAUAGUUCCGUGUAGCUCAGUUGGUAGAGCAUGGUGUUUGCAACGCCAGGGUUGUGGGUUCGAUUCCUACUGGGGGCCAGUAUGAAAAUGUAUGCACUCACUAAAACUGUAAGUUGCUCUGGAUAAGAGCGUCUGCUAAAUGACAAGAAAAAAAAAUAAUUCGGAAGAAAUUGGCAAAAUGAAUACAUUUUAGUAGACGCUCUUAUCCAGAGCGACUUACAGUUAGUGAGUGUAUACAUUUUUCAUACUGGCCCCCGUGGGAAACGAACCCACAACCCUGGCGUUGCAAGUGCCAUGCUCUACCAACUGAGCUACACAGGGCCCAUACUUAAAUAAUAAUUAUUUAUUUAUUUUAAUUCAUCCUCUCUCUCCUCUACAGGGUGGUAACGACACCACCUAUGUGUGUGCCAACAACACCGGCAACGUGAAGUUCUUCACCACUCUCUUUGACAAAGGAGUUCUGACUGACACCAACACGGUGAGUUGGACCAAUCAGAACACAGUGUUUAAUUUGUGACUUUCUGGAAAGACUUUCAGGGCGUGGUUUGAUUCCAGGCAAAUUCAGGAAGUUAACUAUAUUCAAUCAAUGAGUUUGAUGAGUUGGACAAGAUAUUGAGAGCACAAGUAUCAGUAUUCAUGUAUCAGUAUUCAUCCAUAUUUUCUGGAUGGUCAUUGAAGUUGAAUUUGACCCUAAUUCUCACACUUAUUCCCUGCAUAUACACGUGGGUGCCAUUUGGGAAACUGCCUGGGAGAAUUACAGUGUACCUGACCAAUUCUACAGUGUAGGGCUACUGACAUUUGUCUAAUGUUCAUUUUGGUUAAUACUGUUGUGUUGUGUUGUGUAGCUGCCUGUGGACUCUGUGAAAGGCUCAGUCAACAAUCAGACCAUCCAGUGCACCUUCUCUGCUACUGUCCCCAACGCUACGGCCACCGGGAGCUCCGACACCAGCUUCUUCAUCUCCAUCUCCAAUGGGACUUUUACUAAAGGUGAGGCACUCUUCCAAACACGCACCUGGUGAAAUUUCCCCUAGGUACAUAUCUAGGAUCAGUUCCCCUCCCCCAAUUAUCACCUUAACCAUUACUGGAGGAAAUGCUAAACUGACCUCAGAUCAGUAUAUAGGGGUCCAUCUCUAUCUCACUCUCUCUCUCUCUCUCUCUCUCUCUCUCUCUCUCUCUCUCUCUCUCUCUCUCUCUCUCUCUCUCUCUCUCUCUCUCUCUCUCUCUCUCUCUCUCUCUCUCUCUCUCGCUCUCUCGCUCUCUAACUCUCUCUCUCUCCUUGUUCUCGUCCCUCAGGAAUACUGGGUAGUCCCACUGCUGUCCUGGUCAGUAGUAAAGGGGUGGACCUGGGCAACCCCAACGCUACUGUGACCAACUCUUUGAACAACAUCACCACUACUGCUGCUCCCUCCACUACUGCUAGACCCUCCACUACUGCUGCUCCCUCCAGCCACGCCUUUGUCCUGCAGCACACCCUGUCUCAAGGUAAUAAGCCCAUAAUAAGCACCACUAACACUUUAUAA